UUAAGAAAGUCAAUAUUACAAGCUUUUAAUCAAUUAUGCAUUACUAGUCUACAUGAUUAAUCAACAUAUGUUUAGACCAAGAUUAAGAAUGUAUAACCAUACAUGAAUGCAAGAAAUUAGGAUGAGAAUAGAACAACAAAUUAGGGAAUUAUGUGUUCCAAUAGGAAAGAUAUGUAGAUGAGAGAAAACAAAUGGACUCAAACUCAUUCCCUAUUUUGACCCUUUUUUAGCAAUACCUUUAGAAAAGAAUUCUCCUUUUUUCAUGCAAAAUUUCCCUCUCCUCCCUACAAAUCCCUCUCUUUUUCUCCCCCAUCCAUUUCCAAACAAAUUCAAAAUCCAUAAAAAUAAAAAAUAUUUGGUUUGAUUAUCGUAAGCCGUUUGCAGGCGGAGACAGAAAGCUCCACCGCCAACGGCUACCGGAGAGAACACAAAGUUUAGAAGAGAAGAGAAAUGGCAUUGAAUCAACAUUCUUAUUGCUCCUAUUUUGCCCUUCUCUUCCUUUUCCUUGCCUUUGCUUACUCUCACUCCCCAUUUCUCUCCUAUGAGGCACUCAAAUCUGGGCAAUUUACUGGGCGCUCCCUUCUUCAGGCCAAAAAGAGUUGCCCAGUAGACAUGGAAGGGCAGAAUUACACAAUCCUAACAAGCAAAUGCAAAGGCCCUAAAUACCCAGCAGCACUCUGUUGUGAGGCAUUGUUGGAAUUUUGCUGUGGGUUUGUUGAUGAAUUAAAUGACAUGACCAACAAUUGUGCUGAGACAAUGUUUAGUUACAUAAAUCUCUAUGGCCAAUACCCUCCUGGCCUCUUUGCCAAUCAAUGCAAAGAAGGGAAAGAUGGUCUUUCUUGUGACAAUGCCCUCAAAGCCCAGGCCGAGAAAGCCCAGAUCAAAGCUUCUUCUGCUGCUUCGUCUCUACUAACUCCACGCCGACUCCCUUCUCUCGCUCUCGCUUCUACCUUUAUACUCUAUUUGUUGUUAUAGAAUGCAAAAGUAACCACAACCACCACCCCCUUCGUUAUCAUAACUUGCUUAUAUGAUGCCAAUGCCAAGGCCGUCUCAAAUCUCUCUUGUGUUCUGUUUGUUUGCUGGAUUUUCUGUAUAACUAUUAACAUCCAACUUGGUGGGAUUUGGGUAAAGAAACUUAAAUUUAUUUUAUAUUUCUUUUGUUAUAUUACAAAUUGAGUUCGAUUCUCAAA